GACAAUCAAACCCCAGAAGAAGAAAACCUUAAUUUUGUGUUCCAAAUACAAAAUGGAACACUCAACAAAAUUCUUCUGGGUGUUGGUGUUGUGCAUGGUUGCAAUGGCACACCAGGCAACGGCACUCGAAACACUGAAAGGAAAGAAUCUAAUCCAAAAGGUAUGCACACUCUCUGCAACAAGAAACCUGUGUGUUCAGGUUCUCUCUUCAGACCCUCUCAGAAGCCCUAACGCAGACCUCAAAGACUUGGCAAUCAUUUCUCUCAGAGUUGCUGCCACCAACGCUUCUGGGAUCCUCGGCGAAACCAAAAUGCUCAUCGACGACGAUAGCCUCAGCCCCGAUGUCCAACAAGGUUUGGCCGAUUGCAAGGAGACCAUUCUCGACGCAGAGAGCCAGUUGGAGGACACCAUUGCCGCUCUCUUGAUUGAUGCCAAAACUGAUACUCAGAUUUGGCUCAAAGCUGCCUUGGCCGCAAUCGACACCUGCGACGCCUCCAUCCCCGGCGACGACGACAUUCUCUCCGUUCAGAGCGUCCUCUUCCGCAAGCUCUGCAACAUUGCCAUCACCAUCAGCAGGCUCCUUCUUCAUCCCGUCAAACUCUAAAAACCUCUGCUGUGCAUGCAUCCAUCUCUGUAACUCUUUUCUUCAUCUUCUCCGUCGCAAUCUUCACUUGCCGUACUUUUUCUUUCUUUGUACCGCGCGACACGA